GAUGGCGGUAGAAAGUGAAGAAGAAGAUCUUGUUAUUCGCAUGAUAAACAGCGCCUCUGCGUUGCGAAGCGAGACUUUAGAUCUCGGAUCUAAAUGUAUUUAUAAAAUUCCAAACGAGAUACUAAAUUUAAAACAUUUAGAGUCUCUUCAUCUUCAAUCUAACUAUAUAACCGAGCUACCUGACGAAUUCUUCUUGAAGCUGACAAAUUUAAAAUGGCUGGAUUUGAGGAAUAAUCGAUUAAGUUCUCUUCCCGUUUCGGUGGGAAAACACAGGACAUUACGCAGUUUGUUGUUGGAAGGGAAUUCACUGACUCAUUUGCCUUGUGAAUUAGGAAUGACAAGGUCAAUAUGUGGGCUCAGUUUAUCUGGUAAUCCACUGGAAUUUCCUCCAUCUGAAAUUAUUCAGAAAGGAACAAAGGAAAUCUUGAAGUAUUUGAGAGAAAUGUGUGACAACUCUGCUUGGACUAAAGAUGAAGUAAAUCCACUUCCAGGGGCUCAAAGUGAUGAGGAAUCAGAUGACACAGACAAUACUUCAAAUGAGGAAUUCCCGGGUACAGAGCUCCCGCGCGCGGGCGAAUCUCCUCCGGGCUCUGACCAGCCUUGUAGUCUUGACGACAACCCAAGAAAAAUAUCAUCAUUCAAACUGCCACCAAUUGUGCGAAAUGCCACGACUGUACGACGAAGUAAUUCCGAACGCGAGAUCGUCAAAGGAAAAACGGUGAAACAAUUUGAGCCAGCGCGGCGCUCGACCUGGGAGACAAUUAUGACGUCAUUUAGUGAUACGCGUAUACCGUUACCAUGGAAACGACGUGAGAAACGAACUGAAGAAGCGAAAGAACCUGAGGAGGCAGGCAGUCGAGAUGAGAGACCAGCGGAUUGCUCAAAUAAAACGAAGACAAAAAAAUCAUCAAAGAAAAUCAAGAAGAGGAGAAUGAAGAGUGAACAUUUGCCACCAUUAUCAAAAUACGAGCCUGAUAACAUUGCUGGACGUAUUGAUGAUGACGAGCGUCAAGAUGAAAAUUCUAAUACAACUGACACAGUGGAUGCAAGCGGUGAAAAUGCUUUAAUAUCACUUGUUCUUGGAGAUUUUGUUGCCAUAAGAGUUCCCGAGGAACAUUUUAUCAAAGGUCAGCCUUGUGUUGGGAAAGUUGUUGGGGAAAUUGACGAAAGAAACGAGACUUUGGUGCAUUACUACACUGGAACAUAUGAUGGAACAUUUCGACCAAUGAUGAGCCGCAGCAGUCCUUAUCUUAGGAAAGUUUCCAUCGAGAAUAUUUUAUGUAAAUUUCAAAUGCAAUCUAAUGGAAGUUUGUCACCCAGUACUGCUAUAAGAAUACGACAGAUGAUAGAAAGAUCUUCCUCUUGAUUCAAGAACUAAAUAUUCACAGAACUGUAGUUACUAAGGGACAAUGCAUUACAAGUGUGCUUCAGUGAUAUAUGUAAUGAUAUAUAAUUUUGUAUUUGUAUUUUUGUAAGUGUUCACGAAAGGUGGACGU